UAGUAUUAGUAAAAAAAUUAACCCAGGUCAACAUAUUUUCCUUCUAUCUUCACUCAUAAUAACUCCCUCCGACUUGAUCAUUGUAUAUCUGCGCUUGGCUCAUAUGGUCUCAUCCAGAGGAUGCGAGCGCUGAUGUUACUCACCGCGCGUGAGGUGCGGCGCCACAGAGGAACAUCACAUAAACCUCGUCGUUCUCUCUCCACAUGUGUUGUGAAAUGUGGUGUUUCAAUCAUGGCACGGGGUCUGAUACCGUGGAUCUGGCUGAAGAGACCCGUCUAUAUCCAGGCCCGGUUUUCCUACCUCCAUAUGAAGUACCUGUUCUUUUCCUGGUUGGCUGUUUUCGUGGGAAGCUGGGUGGUGUACGUGGAAUACUCAUCUUACACAGAGCUGUGCCGUGGACAUGAGUGCAAGAACUCCAUCUGUGAUAAAUUUCAGAAGGGUGUGAUUGAUGGUUCUGCCUGCAACAGCUUGUGUGAGAAAGAGAAUCUUUACUUGGGAAAGUGUCUCUCUGCCAAACCCAGCAAUCAGGUAUACUCUGGCAUUUGGGGGGAUAUGGAAGGGAUCAUAAAGUGCCAGAUGGAGGAGGUCCCUCACUACGAUCUGGGUGUCCUAGAACUGGAGCCGCGGAAAGAAUUUGCCUCCUUUAACAGGCCGACAAAAGGAACAUCAGUGGAGAAGUUCAAAGAGAUGGUGUUUAGCCAUCUUAAGGCCAAAGUAGGAGACCAAGCCAACUUACAAGAUUUGGUGACCCUUGUGCUUGGAGUAGCUGACAGCAACAAUGAUGGCCAGAUCUCCUUGUCUGAAGCCCACUCAGCUUGGGCUUUACUACAACUGAACGAAUUCCUGCUGUCCGUCGUUUUACAGGAUCGCGGGCACACUCCCAGACUGCUGGGCUUCUGUGGGGACUUGUAUGUAACAGAGAAGGUGCCUUAUGUACCACUUUAUGGCAUCAGCUUACCGUGGUUGUUUGAGCUGUGGAUUCCAGGCGGUUUAAGGCGAAGCAUCGACCAGUGGGCUGCACCGUCCUGGCCACGCAAGGCAAAGAUAGCCAUCGGUUUGUUUGAGCUUGUUGAGGAUGUCUUCCAUGGCACAUUUGGAAGUUUCCUCAUGUGCGAUGUUAGCGCUGCAGGGUUCGGUUAUACAGAGCGCCACGAUAUAAAGGUGGUAGACGCAAGGCGAAUUGUGCCUGAAGUUUCUUUUCAGGAAGUGAUGCGUGAAAGGCGGUGCGACGAGGACAGUGACUGCUUGUAUGGGAGGGACUGCCUGACUUCCUGUGAUCUCACGAAAAACCGCUGCACUACAGAGGUCACUCAGCCGAAUCUGGCUAAAGUUUGUAGCACGUUGAAGGACUAUGUCCUUUACGGUGCACCAUCAGACAUUAAAGACGAACUGGAGAAACAGCUGUACGCCUGCAUUGGUCUCAAGGGUGCCACUGAACAGAUGGAAAUGGAGCACUCGCUGAUCCUCAACAACCUCAAAACUCUCCUGUGGAAGAAAAUAUCCCAUACUAAAGACUCCUAACUAAGUUAUUAUUACUCUUCUAUACAGAUAUACACAGCAAAUUAUGACCGACUGAUAUCACACAAAUCAUUGAAUCAAAUUUUUCUGAUUAUUUUUGUGCUGAAGUGGCAAAGUAUGCCAAUAUAACCUUUAUUGCCCCUUGUUUCAGAUUACUCAGACUUGACUCCAUCCCAAAUCAUAACAGCUUAGGCUCUCCUAAUGCAUGUCCCUCCACUGCCAAGAGAAAAUGCCAAAUUGCUGCUCUUCCUGUGGAUCAAUGUUCCGGAAACUGAGACAAUCAGACUGCGUCUGGUCUACGAUUGGAAAGAUAAAUUGAUUUUAGAACAUUUCAAUCAUUCUCCUUUUAACUAGCAAAGGAUCUAGAAACAAUUUGCAUGAUUUACAGUCAUUUUCAGACUGGUUAGAGAUGCACUGAUACAUCGUUAUCAGCCGAUUAAAGAUAUUUUUCAAACU